UCAAUGUCUGCAUUGUUGCUCAGAGCAGCCUCACAGGGUUGCCAUCAGACUAUUGGACGCUUCAGAGUCCAUUGCUCGCUCUCCCUUUCUCUCUCCGCUAAAGGGCUACAGGUCCCAUCAACGCAUGACCUCCGCAUCGGCAUUUGGAUAUAAGCACAUCUCAACUCAGCAGCCUCGCCUCUUUCCUCCCCGCCUAUCCAGAACCGCUGGUGAAGAGGGGUAAAGAUGACAUUCCAGUCAAUGCUCUCCGGUGCUGAGUGCGCGACCGGCUCGAGCGCUCUCAACCAACUCCUUAAGCACACCCAGGAUGAUCGCUCGUUGCAGCAAGAUCGCUUGCAAGGCGGGAUUGGUAUUGCCGGGCCUUCGGGCUUCCGCACUGCACGCAACGGCGUACCUGGAGGCUCGGGCGGGGGCGCCGCUGAAUUUUGGCAGCAACAGCAGCAGCCUGCAAGCAGCUCAGGAGGCACAUUCGACCUCGGUGACAUGAAGCACCACAUGGACGCCAUGCGAUUUAGCAGGCCGCCAGCAGCUGGCGUCGCAGUAGGUAUCACACCUGCGGAUAUGAACGCAGCAUUCAAGCCGCCUGGUGCGCAAUCUUCCAUGCCACCGCUUGCAGCCGCUCAAGUUUCGUCAACUGCGACUGGAUGGCACGAGCAGUUCCAGCGUCAUCAGCAGCAUCAGCGUCUAGGCAACCCAGCGGGCGGCGGUGGCGGUGGCGCACCAGGCAUGGAGCAGAUGGCUGGCAUGCAUAGACAUACCAUGUCCAGCUUCUCUUCCGGUAUGGGAAUGGGAAUGGGCCUUGGUGGUAUGACUGGCAUGUACCAGCGCCCCAUGAGCUCGCUCAACCAGCAACAAGAGCAGCUGCAGCCGCAAGUGCAGUCAUCACGCUUUGUCGAGCUCGAUGAUGCCAAGUGGGAGGAGCAGUUCGCCAAGCUGGACGCUGAACAUCAAGCUCCAGCAACGGACAAGGGCAAAGGCAAGGUCAAAGCGGAAGAGAAAGGGGAGGAGCAACUCUCAGAGGCAGACCAAGAAGCUCGAAUUCGCAAAGCCCUGGACGACCUGGAAAGGGACGUCACGAUCGAUGGUAAGGAGGCGUCCGAUCGCUUCGAGGAGCUUUGGAACAGUAUGCAUUCGCCCAAUGCCGACAAGUCCAGCAGCGCUGAUGCGGACGCAGAGCUUGCCAAGUGGGAGGAAGAGCUGCUGCGCAAGAAUGGCAUGGGUCACUUUGGCUUCAACCACCCUGGUGGCGGGCUCGGUCCAGGAGUCGCCGGCCUGGAGGAAACUGGCGGUUUGAGUGGCAUGGAGGAGCGACUGAUGAAUAGCUUCGGAUCUGUCGGCGCGGAUGGCUUCCCCAAGCUUGGAGAGUACCGCUUACAAGAGCAAAACCCUUUCGCCGACCAUGCCAACCCUCUCGCCGAGGGCUUGCGACUCCUCUCCUCGGGAGGCUCCCUCGCAGAUGCGGCACUGUUUUUUGAAGCGGCCACGCAGCGCGACGUCCAAGGCGGCUCUGGUGGAGAGCAGGGUGAAGUAGACCGCAGCCGGCGUGAGCGCAGUGAGGCCUGGAGACGUCUCGGCGAGGCGCAGGCGAUGAAUGAGCGCGAAAUUCCGGCCAUCAAAGCGCUCGAAGAAGCCAUCAAGAUCGACGAGAACAAUCUCGAGGCCUACAUGUCGCUUGCCAUUUCGUACACCAAUGAAGGAUACGAUGCAGCUGCGCACGCAACGCUUGAACGCUACAUUCAGCGAGCCUAUCCGCACAUUAAAGCCGCUCCGCUGCCAGAUGCGAUCAAUGGCCAAGCGGACCCAAUCGAAGGGACAGCCGGCAACCCAUGGGCCUCGCUCAACCGCGUCACAGACAUGUUCUUGGCUGCCGCUCGCGAGGGCGCCGCAAAGGGCACGAUCGACCCGGAGGUGCAAGUCGGCCUUGGAGUGCUGUUCUAUUCUAACAGUAGUUACAACCAGGCAAAGGACUGUUUCGAGUCGGCGCUCCAGGUCCGGCCGAACGAUUUUUUGCUCUGGAACAGACUCGGCGCCACGCUCGCGAAUGGCGGCAAGCCAGAGGAGGCGAUCGAGGCAUACCAGAAGGCAUUGGAGCUACGGCCUACUUUCACCAGGGCGAUCUACAACUUGAGCGUCUCCUGUCUAAACCUUGGCGCUCACCACGAGGCAGCAGAGCAUCUCCUCGCCGCGCUCGCUUUGCAGCAAAGCCACGCUCUUCCUGACGUGCCGACUGGCCAAGAACCAUCGCCGACACCGCUGUCUGAAGCGCAGGAGAGCCAGAAUCUGUGGUCCACCCUGCGGAGGAUUUUCCUCGGAAUGGACCGCAUGGACCUGGCCCAAAAGGCCCAUAUUGGCACCAACCUCAACGAGUUCAGGCAGUCUGGCUUUGAAUUCUGAUCGUACACUCAAUGACUGGCGUGUUGUAGAGCAGUAAAUAAUACAUAAAACACGGGAAAGCA